ACACACCUCUGCACAGUCUGAUAAUGAAAACCACACUCUGCUCUUUCCUCACUCGCUCUCUUCCUCUCUCUAUCCUGUCUCCUUUCACUCCUUCCAAAGACUGGAUUAAUCCCGAGCUUCAGUGUAAAAUCCAAUGCUCCCUCCGAACUGAGGAAAACAGAUGUUGUCUUUUGGAUUGGCGAAUCAAACUGAGCCAGCAAUGGCGGAACAGUCAUACAACAGCUCCUCUUCCCCCCUGCCUGAGACAGUCAUGUGCAACCACUCGGUGGACUACAAAUGGACCGCCUACACUGUGGUUUACAGCCUGGUGUUCAUCCUGGGCCUCCUCGGCAACGCUGGGGCCCUCUACGUCUUCUGCAAGCUGUCUGUCAAGAACCGUCUGUCCACCAUCAUCCUCAUCAACCUGGCCGUCUCCGACCUUGUCUUCGUCCUCACCUUGCCAGUACGCGUCGGCUUCUACCUGAGGGAGUUGUGGGCCGGGUCGGGCGGUUCCGGCACCAGCGCUGGUUUGCCCCCACACACCCAGCGUGAUAUGGAUGUCCUGGACCUGGCAUGCCGGGCCUCCACCUACCUGUUCUACAUCAGCAUGUACUGCUGUAUCUACUUCCUGACAGCACUGAGUGUAUGCCGCUACCUGGUCCUGUCUGGUCGCCUGUCCUACCAUAACCUGGUCUACUGCCGGCGCGUGCGCCUCCUCUGCCUGGGCAUCUGGGUCUUCGUGGUGGGCGGCACCGGGUCCUACAUCGCUGCCUUGGGCGGCUUCAAUGUAGCGGCAACCGGCUGCUUCGAGCCCAGUACCCACGAAACCUGGAGCUUCCUUUACCAAGUCAACCUGCUGGUCCUGGUGGUGGGCUUCGCCAUGCCGCUGGUCCUGGUCCUCCUCUGCUACGCACUGAUGAUCCGCCACAUCCUGCGGGCCCAGUCGGGUCGGCGUGCCCGGGACGUGGCGCUGGUCUGCCUGGUGCUGCUAGUCUUCCUCAUGUGCUUCCUGCCCUACCACAUCCAGCGCACGCUGCACCUAGAGUACGUGCACAGGGCGGACGUACCAUGCGAGGUCAAAGCAAAGCUGCAGCAAAGCGUCGUGGUAACCAUGUGCUUCGCCGCUGCCAACAGCUGCCUGGACCCUCUCAUCUUCCUCUUUGUGGGCAAUGGCUUCAUGCGGGUGGUGCGUGAGAUCCUGCAGGCCUGGGGGUUUAGGGACUGGCCCUGGAGGAAGGGGAGCUACAGCGCAAACACCGGCAACCUGUCCUGCGAGGGUGCCGCUACUCCCCCCAUGCAGCCUAUCCAGCUGCCACUGAUGCCAGCGCAACCACUGAUCCCAGCGCAACCACUGAUGCCAGCGCAACCACUGAUGCCAGCGCAACCACAGGGCACAGAGCUGAGUGACUCCAGUGACAGAACAUCCCUGUAGACUCCCUAGAAAUCAGAGCAACCCCAAAGUUCAGGCUCCAUUCAGUUAGAACUGAAGGUUAUUUAGCAGGAGUGGAAAGGGUCUAGAAGCUUCUACAGUGUGGCCACACAAAUUUAACAUUUACAUUUGGUCUUUUGCCGCCUUUAUCAAGGCCACUGCUAAGUGAGAUACAAUGCAUGGGAAAAAAACUGUUCUAUGAUAAAUAUGUUUCAGUUUAUUGUAUAAAAAGUACCAUAUAGGAAAGAGAGUAGAAGAUAAACAUUAGAGUAUGUUGCUUUUAAAGUACUUUUUGAGUAUGUUGCAAAUAUGUUGUGGCCCAGAUGACAAACAGCCAAAUACCAGUCAGGGAGUGAGUAAUGUUAUAUUGGUGUGUUUGUUUAGUUCACAUGAAUUAGUUUCAAAAGAGAAUACCUUUAUAGAGCCAUGCAUGGAAAAAUGCUUUUUUGGCUUCUAUGUUGUGGCGUAACAUCAGAAUCCCUGUCUAAACCACGGCACCUUAAAAGGCCUGAAAUACCACACUGUUUGGAUUUCCUGAAGGUUUGUCUUCAAUUCUGUUUUUGUUCAAGCCUCCAAAGCCCUCUGUGGAGGAGGUGAGAGAGGUUGAGACCUGAUCUGAGAGAAAAACACUUUAAUUUCUGACCACCCAAGUUUAAUCCUGCACUGACAGAGAAGUUGGUGUUUAGGGACAAUGGUUCCAUGACUAAACAAUAGAUGAUUGUUGGAGCUGUUUUUUUGUUUUGUUUUGUUAUGUGCAAAGUAACCAGUAAUUCUCCAUCAAACACAUGCAAAUGCAACCACAGACACGAAUACGUGCAGAUACGCACACACGCACGCACACACACACACACCCACACACACACACGCACACACACACAUGCAGAGGUACUGUAUGUACACACUCCAACACACACAAUACACACCCUUUCAAGAGUGAACAUGCUGAUCCCAUGUCAAGGACUUGGGGGGUGGGAGGCAGUUCUCGGUGUAGAACCACUUGUUUGUGAAAUAAAGUAAGCCCUUUUGGAUGUAAUCCUUAA